AUGGCUUGGUUUCCGCCAGUGCGUUCUGUGAUGGCAGCUCCUAAGCUUGUUCCCUGUUCCCAGCUGGCAUACCAGAACAACUUUCAGCAUAAACUCCUAUCCGAUAAAGAGGAAAGUUUAAAGGAUCACUAUGCCCAAAAGAGCCAAAGCUAUUCUCUUUCUCCGGAAAGUAGUCAAUACAGCUCUGGGUAUGGAGGCUUCUGUUCUAAUGGGCUGCAGGGCAAGUACCUUACCAGCCAGGCCAAGACUCUGCCAGCUAUAUCAGUAGCCGGACGGAAAGAAGGAGUGGACCGUGCAUAUCCUUUGAAGCCAGUUCUUCACUACUGGAAUGUGAGUGGUCCAGUGGUCAACACAGCACAGCUCAGGAGUUCCCCAUACAUGGAGGAAGCUCCAAAUAGUAGGCUUAACUCAAUGAGAAAAGGGCAGCUUCCAGCAGGGAGGUUUCCGCUAGCUACAGUGUUCUCUCCUUGGACAGAAGAACCUAAACAGUCAGCCUCCCACCUAUACAGGAGCAAGCAGGCCUACAUCCUAAAGUUGGAGGAAGAUGGAUGGAAAAUGGAACGGGAAAUUCGAAAGCAAGAGGCCCUCCUUAGAGAGAAGCUGAGUAGAACAAAGGAGGAGCUUAGGAGGAUUCAGAGAGAGAAGGAGCUUGUCAAAGCAGAGGAGAGAAGAGGCAGAGAAGCAGAGAGGACCCAUGAGGAAAAGGCUGCAAGGCACCCUGAGGAGAGAACGUUCAGAGUUGCAGUCAGGCCAGGUGAUGGGGUCUUCGGUGGGGUGCAGUCCGCAGAGGCCACUGUCCCCAAGCCUGGCACUGCCCGCCACUCCCAAGAACUGGCUAUGAGGAAACUCAAGAAGGAACAGCUGGUGGCCAGCAACAGCAGAAUUCGAGACCACGUACCCCAGGAGCUUUCAGCCUCUUCUUCAGAGCUGGCCGCAGAAGGUAGCUCUUGUCCUGCCACCCAUUCAGUCCAAGGUUCUGGUGACCACCCGUUUGCAGAGGCGCCAUGCAUGCAGGCUGCCAGUGAUGAGGAGCAGCAGGAGCUUGGAGAGUGCAGCUUCUGCGGACGUAAGUUUUUCCUUAGAAGGCUUGAGAAGCAUAUGAGUAUCUGCAGCAAGAUCCAACACUCCAAGAAGAAAGUGUUUGACUCAAGCAAAGUCCAAGCUAGGGGCACAGAACUGGAACAGUUUCAGCAGUGGAAGAGCUCAGAGAGGCCUCAGAGGAAGCCACCCAGAAGGAACAACUGGAGACAGAAGCAUGAUUAUUUAAUGCAGACCCUGCAGCAGGCCCGUCAGGUUCAGCAAAUCGUCUCCCAGGGAGGAAAGGCACCUGCCCCGCCCUCAUUGCCUCCCAUCGAAAACUCAGACUACAUUGCCUGCCCCUACUGCACCCGCCGAUUUUCUCCCCAAGCAGCUGAGAGACAUAUUCCCAAAUGCAAAACCAUCAAGAACAGGCCCCCACCCCCACCACAGAGGAAGUGCUGUUGAGACGGUGUCCCACUCUACCUGCUGUUGUCAUUCCCUGCCUGUUUUCUGCCAGGUUUCCAGCCACAGACACUUGUGAUUUUCCUGCUUUCCCUAGUCUCAACACUGGCUGCAAGCAUUGAGCUUGUAGUGCAGCAAGUGAACAACCUGGGACGUGUAAGCAGGAUACUAGAACACCUGUACUUUGACCUGUGCCGCCCUGUGCAGGGUGCCCCUCUGGGUGCCGCUUCUCCCCUCAAUGAACUCUCAGCGUAGGCGUAAGGCAGGCACUGGCUACUCAGCUGGGCAGGGGAAAAAAGGCUGUUGCUGGGGUCAGCAGUGAGGAGCAAACCAGUCAUCAGAAAUGGGACUGCUGUUCAGAACUGUAUUUUGCCUGUAGGUUAAGGUGGCUUGGGUGCUGAUUGUUUUGUUUUUUUUAACUAUUGCCCGAUGUGAAGAGAGCUGCUUUAGCUCACCAGUGGCUACAGACUCCUUUUUUUUUUUUUUUUUCUUUUUCCCUUCUCCAAAAGCAUGGAGUAAUGCUGUUUGUGAGAAGAAGGGCUGGGCCAAACAAAGCAUCUGCCUUUUGUUUGCUGUGCAGCUCUGUAGGUGCAGUAUUCAACCCUGGACGUGCUAACAGCAACGGUGGUUCUGGCUAAUGUAGCAUUUUUAUUGUAGCUACCUGCAAGAGACUGGGAUGCAGGGGCUGCCUCUUUGGUUUUGAGGUGGCUUUUUUUUUUUUUGUCAUAGAAAGGAGUCCACAUUCUUCAAAACUUUAGCGUUUAGACAAGACAUUUGGAAAAGUCAGAGGGAGGGAGGGGAGGAAACUAUGUAAGCAGUUAACUUUUUCAGCACACAGACUGCUGUGUUGUUCUGUCCAUGAUACCUGUGCUAGAUGACAGGAUCCAGAGCUGUCGUUUCAUCCUUGCUAGUGCUCUGUCCUAUUUGUUGUAGCAGUGUUCAGCUGAAUAACGAAAGCUCUGUAGGUAGGUUUAUUCCACGCUUGUUCUGCAGCAGCCCAAGAGUUUAUUUAGAUGCUUUUCUAGAAUACUGGUGACAAUCCUGGGCCUACAUCUUACCAGUUGAAGAUCUGUAAUGUGACCACUUAAAAAUCCAGUGUGCCUUGUUUUGGUUGGAAAAGAAGAACUGGGAGGAGUAUUAUUAAAUGCUUCCUCAACACAGGAAGCCCAGGAUCAGAAAUUCAGGGGGUUAGAAAAGCUACCAGUAGCAAGCAUUUAAUGUUUGGGUCCGUAUGUCAAUUCACGUGCAUUUAACAGCUGAGUACUCUGGACCAGCCAGGCCCUAGAGGCAACAGAACAACCAUCCCAAUGCGUUACCUACCAUGUAUAACAGCUGGGGCUCUGAGCUGGGAAGGGGUGGAAGAAGAAAUAUUUAAUUAAAGAAGAAUGGCACAUGAGAUCAAAAAUAGGUCAUGAAUAAGCACAGACUGGAAAUUAGGUUUCUAACCAGGAGAAGAGUGAGAUCACGGAAAAACCUUCCAAAUAAUUCAGCACAGGCAAGGAACCUACAUUGUUUCAAGAUGGACUUGGAGAAGAUCACGGAGCAGAGCAUACAGCAGGAGUUAGAAAUAAAAAAUUUUCAUACAGAG